UUGAGCAUGACAACACGGGGAUGAACGCCAGCUGGUUCUUGGACAGGGUGUUGGUGACCGACAUGAACCGGCCCCAUCUGCGUUUCUAUUUUGCCUGCAAAUGGCUGAGUCGGGAAGAGGCUGACAACCUGUUUGUCAGGGACCUGCUGGGCAGCAUGAACCCCAUGGACGUCCCGAAAUUAAAUAAAUACGUAGUAAGUGUGUUCACUGCUGACAUGAAGGGAAGUGGAACUGAUGCUGAUGUCUUCCUAAACAUCUUUGGAGAGAAUGGUGACACAGGAGAGAGACGACUGGACAGUGACAAAGACAACUUUGAACGCGGGUCAGAGGACAAGUUUACAAUAGAGGCACCAAACCUGGGAAAGCUGAGGAAAAUCACCAUCGGCCACAACAGAGGAUCAUCAGCUGGAUGGUUUCUAGAUAAGGUAGUGAUUGAUGACAUGGGGAAUAAAGAGUUGUAUGAGUUUCCAGUUAAUCGCUGGUUUGCCAUGGAUGAAUGUGAUGGCAAAAUACAAAGAGAUGUGUUGGUUGGAUCCGUGCAGCCAUUAGCAAUCGUAUACAAUGUACAAGUGAUGACUGGAGAUGUGAGGGGUGCAGGCACCAACUCUAAGAUCCACAUGGUCAUGCACGGCUCCAAGGGCUUAAAGAACAGUGGCAAAGUCUUCCUGGAGGGUGGUGCUUUUGAGCGUGGCCUCAUUGACAUUUUCAACGUGGAGAUUUGUGAACUGAAGCCGCUCAGUAGGGUCACCAUCGGGCACGACAACGGGGCUGUUGGUGCUGGGUGGUACUGUGAAAAGGUAGCAAUAUAUUGUCCGUUCACGGGCAUUGAGCAGACGUUUCCGUGCGGGAAGUGGCUGGACGAGGACGAGGGCGACGGACUGAUUGAGAGGGAGCUGUACGAGAUGGUCUCUCUCAGGCAGAAAAAACAGAAAAGAUACCCAUGGUCCCUGUGGAUUUGGACAUCGGAUGUGAAGGGGGCAGGGACAGAUGCCCAGGUGUUUCUGCAGAUCUAUGGAGAAAAGGGCAAAUCUGAUGAGAUCAAACUGGAAAACAACUCAGACAGUUUGAAAGGGCCACUUGAUAAAUUCAUGAUUGAAAUGCCAGACAUUGGAAGGCUGCUGAAAGUGCGCAUCUGGCAUGAGAAGAGAUCUCCAUUUGCUGGCUGGCAUUUAGCAAAAGUCACUUUGCUCAAAACCCUGACAAUGGAGAAGUAUUCUUUUGAAUGUGGUCGUUGGCUGGACAUCAAUGAAGACGACAAUGAGAUAAUCAGAGAGCUUCCAGCUACUGGAGCGCUCAUCAGUGAGCCGCUGCCUUUGAUAAAGUAUCGAGUCACCAUCUGCACUGGAAACGUCAGUGGCAGUGGCACUGAUGCCAGCGUCUUCCUCAAUAUUAUUGGUGACCUGGGUGACACAGGAGAGCGACUCAUGUUUAUGAGCAAAAACAACGUCAACAAAUUUGAAAAGGGCAAUCACGAUGAGUUUCUUAUUGAGUCUGUGUCCUUGGGCCAGGUGCGCAGAGUUGUCGGUCAUGAUGGCCGCGGCGGAGGCUGUGGUUGGUUCCUUGACAAGGUGAUGGUCAGGGAAGAGGGCCAGCCAGAGAGUUUGGCCAUUGAGUUCCCAUGUUUCAGGUGGUUGGACCGUAAUGAAGAUGAUGGACAGAUUGUUCGCGAGUUAGUCCCAGCUGGAGAUGGCCUGCGUCUCUUUAAUGUCAGCUACCACUUCGCAAUCAAGACAGGCAGUGUAAAUGGGGCCAGCUCGGACUCCAGAGUGUUUGUCAAGCUGUAUGGGGAGAAGGGUGAUACUAACAAGACGAUAUUGGCAGUUUCUGACAACGACCUCAGGAACUACUACGAGACGGGACAAACUGACAUCUUUACACUCGAAACAUUUGACAUCGGAAAGAUCAACCGUCUCCUGAUUGGUCACACUAAUGAGGGCUUGCGGGCUGGCUGGUUUCUGGACAGUGUGCAGAUCUCUGUGCCAGUUCAUGGAAUGCAGUACAUGUUCCCAAGCCACCGCUGGCUCUGCAAAGACGAGGCUGACGGGAAAGUGGAGGUUGAGAUCUAUCCCAGUGAGAUUUUGGACAUCGAAAAAUUGAUCAACUAUGAAAUAACAGUGGUCACAGGGGAUGUGCGUGCAGGUGGCACCAAUGCCAAUGUCUUCUGUCAGAUCUACGGAGAUGAAGGAAAAACUGAAGUUAUCACUCUCAAGAGUCGCUCCAACAAUUUUGAACGUGGCACCACUGAGAUCUUCAGGAUUGAGGCUCAGGAUGUCGGUAAGAUCUACAAGAUACGUAUCUACCAUGAUGGGAAGGGUAUCGGAGAUGGCUGGUUCCUGGAGACGGUAGACAUAAAGCGGCUGACGAUGGCUAUGGUGCUGGUUGAGGUGAAAAAGGAGGAAACCAAGAAAGACAAGAAGAAGGACAAGAAAAAGAAGAAGAAAGAAGAAGAGGAGGAGGUGGAGAUGGUUGAGGAGCUGCAGGAAGUGGUGGAGGUAUUUGCUUUCCCCUGUAACCGCUGGCUGGCCAGGGAUGAGGAGGAUGGGGAGAUUGUGGUCGAGCUGCUGACUGAGGACAGUGAAGACCUGGAAGUUAACUCAUAUGAGGUUCAUGUGUUCACUGGGACAAUGUGGGGAGCAGGGACUGAUGCUAAUGUUUACAUAAACAUCUAUGGAGAGAUUGGCGACACUGGGGAGCGACAGCUCAGGAAGGCAAACAACCUGAACAAAUUUGAGAAAGGCCAGGAAGACAUUUUCAACAUCACAGCGGUCGACUUAGGGAUCCUGAAGAAGCUGAGGAUUCGACAUGACAACAGUCAGGCCAGUGCCGGCUGGUUUCUGGACAGAGUGGAAAUUGUAGACAACAAAGAUGACACCACGUACUUUUUCCCUUGUAAACGCUGGCUGGCUACUGAUGAGGAUGAUGGACAGCUUGCCAGGGAGCUCGUUCCUGUGGACGAAGCCUUUAUGAAGAGAGGGGAUGAUGAUGAUGAGGAAGACUCUGAGGCCACACUUGGUCUGGAACAGAAAGCCAUGUCAACUACAUACACAGUGAGGAUAAAAACUGGUGACAAAAAGUAUGCAGGAACUGAUGCUAAUGUCUUUUUGAUCCUGUACGGCACCAAGGAUGACACAGGGAUAAUUAACCUGAAGGCUUCAAAGACUCAUAGGAAUAAGUUUGAGCGGGGUAUGAUCGACGAGUUUAUUGUGGAAGCGGUGGACAUUGGACCACUGAAGAAGCUGCGGGUUGGACACGACAACUGUGGUGGCGGAUCAGCAGGCUGGUUCCUUGACUGGGUGGAGAUUGAUGCCCCGUCUCUUGGACAGAAACUGCGCUUCCCCUGCGGCCGUUGGUUGGAUAAAGGGGAGGAUGACGGGGCCAUUGUCAGGGACCUUUUCCCAAAUUCUCUUCAGACUGAACUUUACACACCAUUUGUUCCUUAUGAAAUUAAAAUCUUCACGAGUGACGUGUUUGGAGCCGGCACAGAUGCAGAUGUCUUCAUUGUCCUGUACGGGCGAAACGCAGUUUGCACCCAGCAGAAGUCUCUGUGUGUCAACAAGAGGGAGAGACUAAUGUACUUUGAGAGAGGAGCUGAGGACAUGUUUAUUGUUGAGCUUGAAGAUGUGGGGGAUUUAAUUGAAAAGAUCCGGAUUGGCCAUGACAACCGCGGGGUCAACCCAGGCUGGCAUCUGGACAGAGUGGAGAUCAGACGUCUGCUCAGGAAGGGAAAGGGUUCAGAGACCAUCAUAUUCCCAUGUGAGCGCUGGCUCGCCAAGUCAGAGGAUGAUGGUGAGACAGUGAGAGAGCUGGUGCCCUCUGACAUCAUCACUGAAAAACUUUCACGAGACGGAAGCCUGAAAGUCACCGAAGUCGAGGUGGAAGAUGCCCUAGAGACUCACACAUACAACGUGUCAGUGAUGACAGGUGAUGUGAAUGGAGCCGGCACUGAUGCCAACGUCUUUCUCACGAUUUACGGAGACAUCGGGGACACCGGGGAGAGGAAACUCAGCAAGUCGGAGACAAACAGCAACAAGUUUGAACGGGGAUCUGUGGAUAAGUUCACUAUUGAGGCCGUCGACCUCGGACAGGUUUUCAAGAUAAAAAUUAGGCACGAUAACAGCAUGAUGUGUUCGGACUGGUACUUGGACCAGGUGGAGGUAGUUGACGAGGAUACGGAAGAGGUGUUUCUCUUUUUAUGUGAACGUUGGCUGUCCAGGAAGAGGGAGGACCGACGCAUUGAGAGAGUCUUCUAUGUUAAGGGUUAUGAAGGAGUCAGAGAGAGUCUAAACAAUAAAAAGAAGAACUCAAACCCAACAGUAAAGAGUGUUGACAGUAACAUGAACAAAAAGAGCAAGAAGAAGAAGGAGGAAGAAGAAAUUGAGCUCCCGAUCAUACCAUACCACAUCACCAUCUGUACUGGGCUGGAGCGGGAUGCAAGCACCACCAGCAGGGCUUAUGUGAUCAUUAUUGGGGGCAAUCACACCCACACAGAGAGGUUGUGGCUGGAUCUGCCGGACGAGAGGAAGGGCUUUGAGGCCGGCUCUCUGGAGAGCUUUCAGUCCCACGGUUCUGAUGUGGGGGAGAUCAAAAAGGUUGAGCUCGGUCAUGAUGCCACUCCGGAGAGCUGCUGGCUGGUUGAUGAGCUGUCUGUUGCUGUGCCAACCAAAGGGGUCAAAUAUAUCUUUGCUUGCAAGUGCUGGCUGGCCAAAGAUCGAGGAGAUGGUUUGACUGCUAGAGUAUUCAAUGUGCUGGAUGCAGAGGCCAUUUCUAUCUCCCAACAGAUUAUUUACGAGGUGACUGUAGUAACGGGAGACGUGCAGAAUGCAGGAACAGACACCCGGAUCUACAUGUCUGUGUUUGGAGCCAACGGCAGCACAGAGGAGAUGCUGCUGCAGAAGAAUGAGGACAGGUUUGAGCGAGGCCAGGAGGACACUUUCAACAUGGAGAUUGAUGACAUUGCUCCACUGAGGAAAAUGAGGCUUCGCAUUGAUGGCUCAGGGAGUCGACCUGACUGGUUUCUGGAAAAGGUGGUCAUGCGUAACCUGGCCACAGAGGAGGUGUCUUUGUUCACCUAUGAGGAGUGGCUUUCAAGGACCCGUGGACCCAAGAGAACCAUGAUCUGUGAGAUGGCUGCUGUAGUGAACGAGGAGAUGAUGGUGGAGCCUACCACCUAUAUAGUCCAGGUCAAGACCAGUGAUAAUGCAGGGGCGGGCACUGAUGCCAACGUGUGGAUCAUCAUUUUCGGAGAGAAUGGAGACACAGGGACGCUGGCAUUAAAAGAGUGCAACAAGUCUAAGUUUGAGCGCAAGCAGGUGGACACAUUUCGCUUCUCGGAUGUCCUCAGCAUGGGAGAGCUCUCCCAAGUGCGAGUCUGGCACGACAAUUCAGGUCCUGCUCCAGGAUGGCACUUGGAUUAUAUCGAUGUGAAGGAUGAUAUUAUGGACAAAACAUUUCGUUUCUCCUGUGACCGCUGGCUUGCCAAGAAUGACGAUGAUGGACAGAUCAUGAGAGAACUGGCAUGCGCAAACAACGACUACUUGGACCUUAACGAAAAGACGAAGUACGAAAUCUGCAUCACAACUGGAGACCCUGAAACCAAAGAAAAUGCCUGGAUUGUACUUGAGGGGAGGAAGGGCCGAUCCAAAGAAUUUGUAAUGGAGAACUCCUCAAAGAAGAAGAGGUUCUUGCGGGGCAAUGUUGACAGGUUCGAGUUUUCGUCCAAGAACCUGGGGGACAUUGCUGGUAUCUGCCUGGGCACACACCCCAGGAUGGAAGAAAGUAAAGGGGAAGUUAACUGGCAUGGAGAAGUCGUCGUCACUGAAAGGGAACUGGGAAACAAGUACAUCUUCAGUUGCAAUGCCCUCAUCCCUCUCUCUCCAAAGAGGGAUGAGUUCUUGACCUUUGAGUGCACAAAGGCCAUCGAGAGCUUCGCCAGUAAAGCUCGAAGCCUGGUGCCCGUCAAGUACGAGAUUAUCAUCAUCACGGGUGAUGAGAAGGGAGCGGGUACAGAUGCCAAUGUUUUUAUUACUAUCUACGGUUCCAAUGGAGUCGGCAGCCGGCAACUGCGGCAGAAAUUUCGUAACCUUUUUGAGCGCCAGAGGACGGACCGUUUCCUGCUGGAAAUGCUGGACAUGGGAGAGCUGCUGAAAGUUCGGGUGGAGCAUGACAAUUCUGGUCUGAACCCCAGCUGGCUGCUGGAUCGCGUGGAAGUCACUAACACAGCCAAUGGCGUCACCACCAUCUCCUCUGUGGAAGUGGCUAGACCCAAGAGGGCUGACGGGCAGAUCGCCAGGGUCCUCUACCCAAAAUACUAGAAAUACUAUUUAUUUAUUUAUUUAUUUAUUUAUUUAUUUAUACAAAGUUCCAUUGCAGAGAGAUCUCCUCUCAUAUUUAAAAGUAAUGACCAAAGAGAUUCUGCUCUGGCAAGUUUUAUAUCACAGGAACUGAGGCAGAUUUUUACAUUCUCCGUUUUUUUAAUUAUAUUUAUUAUUAUAGUUAGAUAUUUAAUACCACUUGGGAAUAUAGCCUGCAAUGAAAUACUGUGACAAUACCCUCUUAGGGUAGGAAACGGAAUGUGCCAUUCUUUUUAGGUUUUAUAUGUCAGGGAGGGUUUGUUUAGUUGUUUUGUUGU